AUGUCGUCUUGCUGCGGUCGCAGAAAGCCGCAGCGCAGCCGAGAUGCUGAUACCGAGCCCCUGCUGCCUAUAUAUGAAGAUGAAACUGCUCGACAGCGUCAGCUGCACCAAAAGCUUCAUUCCUAUCAAAUGUUCAAGGCCUUGUCCGAGGGUUACAUGCCAUCCACCGAGCAAGUCAUCGCCAAUUUACGCACACUUCUGGCUUCAGAUGUUCUGAACCCCCGGGUGGAGGAUUUGAGCGACUCGGGCAGACAGCUAGCCCGAGAUGUCAAAAUCUUCUUUCGAGUUUUCAUCGAGCUCCUUCGAGAGAAGAAUAACGACGAUCAGCUUCAAGAGUUUCUAUGGUAUCUCUCAAAAUCCAGGGCAUCAUUAGAUACACCGAAACUAGUCAGUCAAGCUUCCCGUGCUAAAGGUGACGCUGAUAUGCGUGCCGCAUACGAUAGUCUUCGCACAGUCGGGAACUUGCUUCUCACCAAUGCUGAUUUCCGAUUAUUCCUUGAUGAUAUCGCCACAGUCGGCCGUCAGGUUUUCGCUGAUACUAGCCAUUCCGUGUCCGAAGCCGCCCAUCAGGUAGCAGAGGUUGCUGAACCUUCGCGGGAGGAAAUGUCCAAGGUCAAAGGUGCUGGUGCGGAUGAAGGAAAACAUCCAUCUAAAGAUGAUCUUCGCGGGGAGCUGAAUCUCAUCACUGCCACUGCUGAAGAAGGUAUUGCUGAUGCUGGCAAAACAGCUAAGAAAAGCGCUGAAGAACAUCUCUCCGGUGAGUAUAGAGAUGCAUUGCUUCACCGUUUGAAGCAAACGGUUUUGAAACUUCGAAAUCGAGAUGAUUAUUCAGACUCGGUCUCAACACUCUCGAAACUUGUUCAGCGGUAUGGUUUAAUAUACUCAAACGCCGCGGAGAAUACUGUCAACGCAAUUGAUGAAGAUAUCGACAUUAACGCAGACUUGAAAAAUGCAGUCGAUCGCUUCUGGGUAUUUGUUCGAUCUUUUGGUGACGUUGAAGAGUGGAAGUUACUAGAAGAACGUUUUCAUAAUGUCAUGAGGCACUCUUCAAAAGACCCGGAGUUUGAAUCUUUGAUAUCAAGUCUUGGUGCAUCCCUCCAAGAAAUGCUAAUCGAUCCCAAAUUCUUUGAUUCAGCCUCCGAGCGUCUCGAUGAAUUGACCAAAAUGACUAAAAAUGUGGGUUCUGAAACAACUUUACGUGCUGACAUCGAUGCUUUCUUGCACCAAACGAGACGAGCUCUGCGCGCUAUACGUGAAGAUGCUCCACUGGUGAAGUUAGUCGCAGCAACAAAAAAGAUCUACCACAACUUGUCCAAUGUAUACAAUGACCGAACAAGCACAUUAGUUGCUGAUGUCGCACAUGUUUUCCUUCCUCUACUGGUUCGCAGUAUUCAGCAUAUCCCUAUCCCAAGACUAGAAAUCUCGAUCCCGGAAAUGGAUCUGUUAGUGGAAAAUUUGGUUCUGGAGCCUGGGAGGACAGUGAACCAGUCGUCAUUUUUUCCAUUCAAAGUUCUAGUCUCUUCUAAAACUGAUAUGGAAUUGGCUAAGGUCCAUUCAAAGAAGGCUCACACAAACAUGAAAACUAUUAUUACAGUAAGUUUAAAAGGUCUGAACAUCAGUGCAUCCGAAUUCGGGUAUUGGAUUCGUGCACACAGUGGACUAUUGUUCCGGUUUGGCGACGAAGGUAUCGGGAGCUUCUUCCUCGAUGAAAGGGGCAUCGAUGUGUCUAUCGACCUGGAGAUUGGGAAGGACCGGCUUGCGCAUUUGGUCACUCUUCGGGGUGUUCGUGUGCAUGUGCACAAGCUGGACUACAAGAUCAAACGUAGUCGGUGGAAGACUUUGCUAUGGCUUGUCAAGCCCUUUUUAAAGCAGCUUAUUCGCCGAUCACUGGAAAAGAAAAUCGCCGAGUUUGUCGUUUCUAUGGUUGUGACUAUUAACCGAGAGCUAGUAUUUGCUCGGGAACGUCUGCGUGCCGUCAACAUUGCCAACCCUCCAGAUUAUGCUACUUUUAUCAGGGCUCUACUAGCACGGCCGCAAGCCGGUGUAUUCAAGGGAAUCUAUGCACCAGGUAGUAUUGUCAAAGUAUGGAAGGAGGAAGCUGAGCAGGCGCAGGAGGCCAUUGAGCGAGGCGAUGAGAGUAGUGGCCUGCACUUGACAUGGCGCAACGAAAUUUUUGACGUAAAUGCAACGACACUUUCAUAA